UAGUUUCACAAUGUUUGGGGACCUAUUUGAAGAGGAUUAUCCCAGUGUGUCAAAUAAUCAGUAUGAAAAAGGGAAGAAAUUAAAGACUAAAGCUUUGGAGCCACCUGCCCCUAGAGAAUUCACCAAUUUAAGUGGAAUCAGGAAUCAGGGUGGAACCUGUUACCUCAAUUCUCUUCUUCAAACUCUUCAUUUCACACCUGAAUUCAGAGAAGCGUUAUUUUCUCUUGGUCCAGAAGAGCUUGGUUCUUUAGAGGAUAAAGAUAAACCCGAUGCAAAGGUGCGGAUCAUCCCUUUACAGCUACAGAGGCUGUUUGCUCAGCUUCUGCUCUUAGACCAGGAAGCCGCCUCCACGGCAGACCUCACCGACAGCUUCGGAUGGACAAGCAACGAGGAAAUGAGGCAACAUGACGUGCAGGAACUGAAUCGAAUUCUCUUCAGUGCUUUGGAGAGUUCUUUAGUUGGGACCUCAGGCCAUGACCUCAUUAACCGUCUGUAUCAUGGAACCAUUGUCAACCAGAUUGUUUGUAAAGACUGCAGGAAUGUCAGUGAAAAGCAGGAAGACUUCUUAGAUCUGACAGUAACGGUUAAAAAUGUAUCUGGUUUGGAAGAGGCACUUUGGAACAUGUAUGUGGAGGAGGAAGUUUUUGACUGUGACAACUUGUACCACUGUGGGACUUGUGACAGGCUGGUCAAAGCUGUAAAGUCUGCGAAAUUAUGUAAGCUGCCUCCCUUUCUUACGGUUUCAUUAUUAAGAUUUAAUUUUGAUUUUGUGAAGCGUGAACGAUACAAGGAAACCAGCUGCUACACAUUCCCUCUCCGCAUCGAUCUCAAGCCUUUCUGUGAACAGAGUGAAUUGGAUGACUCAGAAUACAUAUACGACCUCUUCUCUGUUAUUAUACACAAAGGUGGCUGCUACGGGGGACAUUACCAUGUGUAUAUUAAAGAUGUUGAUCACUUGGGAAACUGGCAAUUUCAAGAGGAAGAAGGGGAGCCAGAUGUGAAUUUGCAGGAUCUUCCAAAUGGAGAAGAGAUCGAAGACCCACUGAUGGUCCUUCAGGCAAUCUUAUCACAGGAGAGAAAUCUCAUUCCUGUUGAUCAGCUGGGCCAGAAGCUCUUGAAAAAGAUCGGUCUGUCAUGGAACAAGAAUUACAGAAAACAGUACGGACCACUGCGAAAGUUCCUACAGCUCCAUCCACAGAUAUUUCUACUCAGUGCCGAUGAAAGUACUGUGAGUCUCUCACAGAAUUGUUUCCUCCAGCCCAAGUCGGACCCCCAAAGGAAUGAUGAACAAAUUUUCCAGACACCGACUUCAGCAUCCCCAGCGUUAGAUGAUACCAUGUCCUGCCCCCACUGGUUUGAUAUAAAUGAUUCCAAAGUCCAGCCAAUCAAGGAAAAGGAUAUUGAGCAGCAGUUUCAGGGUAAAGAAAGUGCCUAUAUGUUGUUUUAUCGGAAAUCCCGGUUGCAGAGACCCCCUGAAGCUCGAGCUAAUCCAAGAUACCGGGUUCCGUGUCAUUUGUUAAGUGAAAUGGACGUAGCCAACGUUGAACUACAAACAGCAAGGGCAGAGUAUGAUUCCGCAAACAGUAAUUUUCAACUGCAUCUCCAUCUGGGUCCUCAUUAUCGUCUUUUCAAUGGGGCUCUGCACCCACUGGUCUCUCAAACAGAAAGUGUGUGGGAUUUGACCUUCGAUAGAAGAAAGACUUUAGGAGAUCUUCGGCAGUCGAUAUUUCAGCUCUUAGAAUUUUGGGAAGGAGACAUGGUUCUUAGUGUUGCAAAGCUCGUCCCAGCUGGACUUCAUGUUUACCAGACGCUUGAUGGGGAUGAACUGACACUGUGGGACAUGGAAAUUGCUGAUGGAGAAGACAUCUUUGUAUGGAACGGUGUGGAGGUUGGUGGCGUCCAGAUUCAAACUGGUAUUGACUGUGAACCUCUGCUUUUAAAUAUCCUUCAUCCAGCAACAAGUGGUGAUGGAGAACAGUGUCAGCAGUGGGUAGAGUCCCCAUGUGUCUUGCCCGCGAAUGCAGAAGUAGCCAGUAUCCUCACAGCCCUAGCCGUCCCAGCAGGGGUCAUCUCAGUAAGCAGUGCUGAGUCCACAGGUGAAGGGAGCUGGACCACCAUUCCCCCGGGAGACCUGAAGAUGACGCUCAGAGAGCAGGGUCUCAGGAACGGCAGCUUGGUUCUGGUUCAGCAUGCUAAUGGUGAUGCUCACAGUUUGCUGACCAAACAGGGGAAAUGGAGCACUAGUGUGAAUGAGAUUAACUGGUUCCAAGUUAACAAUUUAUGCCAAUUAGCAUCUGAAGAGAAGCAAGUUAAAGUAUCAGCAACUGGGAACACAGUGGUGUUUGAUAUUCGAAUUAAAGCCAUAAAGGAAUUAAAAUUAAUGAAGGAACUAGCUGAGAGCAGCUGUCUGAGACCUAUUGACAGGAGUGGGAAGCUAUUGCCUCCAGUGCCUGACAGUUACACGGUGAAGGAAGCAGAAUUGAAGAUGGGCAGUUCCUUAGGACUGUGUCUUGGAAAAGCACCAACUUCCACUCAGCUGUUCCUGUUUUUCACUAUGGGGAGUGACAUCCAACCUGGGACCGAGAUGGGGAUCAUCGUGGAAGAAACACUGUCAGUGAGAGAUUGUUUGAAGAUGAUGCUGCAGAAAGCCGGCCUGCCAGGAGACAGGUGGCAUUUGCGAAAAAUGGAUUGGUGCUAUGAAGCUGGGGAGGCUUUAUGUGAAGAAAAUGCAACCCUGAAGGAGCUCAUGCUGUGCUCCGGAGAUACUCUGGUUCUCAUGGAAGGGGCACUUCCCCCCCCGGGUUUCCUGAAGGUACCCAUCUGGUGGUACCAGCCUCGGGACCCUUCAGGACACCGCAGGAGUCAUCAAGAUCAGACUUCCUCUGCCACCUGUCAGGAUGGCGCCUGGAGAGCCGCGUCCACUCCAGGUGUUGCUUCUUAUACGCACGCAGACGCUUCCCUCCACUACUUGGGAGACGUGGAAAUCUCAGAAGAUGCUGCUCUGGCAGACCUAAAGUCGCAGGCCAUGACCUUGCCCUCUUUCUCAGAGUUUGCCGUUCCGUCCCCAGCCUUCCUCCGAGCCUGGACCGUGGAAAGCAAACGCCCAGGCAGGCUCUUACGGAGCGACCAGCGGCAGCUCAGGGAAUGCAGACUGGGCAGGAGAACUGAGAUCUGUCUGGAGCCUCUUCAGAAGGAGGAGAGCUUGGGCCCCCAGGAUUUGGUGCUCAGGACCCAGAUGCGCCUCCCUGGCCAGAGGGCCUACGCUCCGCCCGUGGACAUGGUGUGGGACACCAGCAGAGGCUGCAGCGUGGCCUCCCUGCGGCAGGCAGUGGCUGACUUCUGUUCCCUUCCCGUGGAGAAAACCGAGAUUGCCAAAUACUUUCCCGAGACGUUUGAGUGGGUUCCCCUCUCGAGCUGGAGCCAGCAAAUUGCCAAGAGGAAAAAGAAGAAAAAGCAGGAUAAUUUGCAAGGGGCACCUUAUUACCUGAAAGAUGGAGACACUGUUGGUGUCAAGAAUCUGCUGGAGGAAGAUGACGACGAUUUCAGCACCGUCCGCGAUGACAUUGGAAAGGAGAGACAGAGACAGCUCGCUCUGGGGAAAAAGAGAAGCCGAGAAGCCCUUCAUGUGGAGAGCAGCGACACUUUCUCCGGAGCAGAGGCGCCGUCCCGGCCCCACAGACCAGAAGCGUCUCUCUCCAUCCGUGUCGGGAGUUUCAGAUAG